ACCCAGUAUUGCAACCGCUCGUUCACGUCUAUCCAUCUUGUUGAGGCAUUUGUGUCUCUGCUGCUUAGCGGCAGGUAUCUAGUCCUCUCAUAUACCUACCCCUUCCUUCUUUGUCAAACCACGGUAGCUGGAACUUCAUAUCCCAACGCGCAUCCUUGCCCGAUUCCUUAGCUCGCAUACGAAAUUAUGGACGCGCCUCAGGUUCACGUGGAUGCGCCGGAGAGCUCUGCGAACGUUGGAAAAGAAGGCGAAAGCACGCACCCUCUAGAAAUUACGAGCGACCGUGAUGUGGACGCAGUGAACGAAGGCCAAGCAGACCCCACUGAAGACAUCGAUCUGCCAGACGCUGGCGCAGCUGAGCCAGAAACGGCACCAGCACCGCCCAAGAAAAAUCCUGGCUUUCAAUUUCUAGACUUUCUAAAGUCACCUAUCGUUGAACUGAUUGUCGGAACCGGAGAGGGCAAAACUAGCUUGUCAGCACAUCAAAGUCUGCUUUUAGAGUCGCCUGUCCUUGCAGAAAAGGUCAAGGCUUUGGGUGAAUCGAGCUCUCGUUGCAUUGAGCUUCCCGAGGAGAAUGUGGAAGCCUUUGGUUAUUUCCUCCAAUUCCAGUAUACCCGCGAUUAUUCCGCCUCCCAGCUUGAAUCCCAUACCGAACAAGAAGCAGUAUCCGGUGGAAUAGAUGAUAGUGGGGAACAAUUGUUGAAGCAUGCGCGAGUAUACACCUUAGCCGACAAAUUGGGGAUCCCCGCGCUCAAGACGCUAGCACACUCGAAGAUCCAUCGUAUAAACAGCACCUCGCAUGGCGAGAUUGCAUAUGCUCGCUAUGUCUACAUGAAUACUCCGGUCGACGAUGUUACUAUCCGAAAGCCAGUGGCUACGUUCUGGGCCCUGAGGAGCCACAUCCUGCGCCACGAAGCUGAAGACGAAUUCCGAAAACUCUGUCUUGAGGUUCCCCAAUUCAGCUUCGAUGUUCUUAGUCUUGUCCUCGAUCAGAAGGAGAAGCGUGCUCAGGACAAGGCAGAGUCAGAGUCAGCUGUGAAAGGAAGCGGACGGAAACGACUUCGGAGUGGGUUAUAGCAAACGAAAUGGUUUGAAGAUAUGAUUGAAUCGUACACCGGAUAAUUGGGAACACGAAUGCCGCAACCCUUUGCUUGGUUGCAGGCAGAAAGCCAGAAGGUACAUCGUCCUGUACGACAUGAGAACUCGCCUAAUGACCCGCAAUUUGUCGCCAACGAGCCCCUAGGAU